AUGUCCAUCACCAAGUUUCUCCAGAUGAGCGAAGAGGACCGCCGCGCUAUCCACACUAUCCGGUGUCUCGCUGCCGACCUGUGCCAGCAGUUCAAGGGCGGUCACCCCGGUACCGCCAUGGGCGCGGCCAGCAUCGGCGUCGCGCUGUGGCGAUACCUCAUGAAGUACAACCCUGCCAACCCCGACUGGUUUGCCCGUGACAGGUUUGUCCUGUCUGCCGGCCACGCGUGCCUCCUGCAGUACAUGAUGCUCCACUUUGCAGGCUAUGAAGAGUGGUCACUGGACGAGGUCAAGAAGUACCACGCGCCCAACUAUGGCAAGGCGGCCGGCCACCCCGAGAUCGAGUACCCGGGUAUCGAGGUCACCACCGGUCCCCUGGGCCAGGGUAUCGCCAACGCCGUCGGCCUCGCCAUGGCUGGCAAGAACCUCGGAGCCACCUACAACCGCGAAGGUUUCCCGCUUGUCGAUGGCAAGGUGUGGUGCUUUACCGGCGACGGGUGCUUGCAAGAGGGUGUCGGACAGGAAGCCAUCUCGAUGGCCGGCCACUGGGGCCUCGACAACCUGAUCCUCAUCUACGACAACAACAGCGUCACCGUGGACGGCUCCAUCGCCAACUGCUUCACGGACGACUCGUCUGCCAAGCUCAAGGCUACCGGGUGGCACGUGAUUGACGUUGAGAAUGGCAGUGACGACCUGACUGCCGUCGUUAAAGCUCUCGAGACCGCCAAGAACCUCAAGGGCAAGCCGACGUUUGUCAACAUUCGCACCGUUAUUGGCAUUGGCGCGGCCAACCAGGGCAAGGGCAAGGUCCACGGCCAAGCUCUCGGCGAUGCCGACGUCGCCAACGUCAAGCGCCAGCUCGGCUUUGACGCCGACGCCAAGUUUGUCGUCCCCUCGAGCGUGUACGACUACUGGACCGAGACCAAGACCCGUGGAGCCGCUGUCGAGGCCGAGUGGAACGCGCUGUGGACCAAGUACCAGGCUACGUAUCCCAAGGAGGCGACUGAGCUGCGGUCCCGUAUGGCCGGCAAGCUCGAGGGCUGGCAAGAGUUGGUUCCCCCCAAGAGCGCCCUCCCUACUGCUCCCCAGCCCACGCGCAAGUCGAGCGGAAUCAUGGUCGAGGCCCUGGCGCCCAAGUACAACUCGUUCAUGGUCGGCUCGGCGGACCUUCUCGAGUCGACGUUUGUCUCGUGGCCGGGCAUGACCGAGUUCCAGAACCCCGAGUCUGGGCUUGGCGACUACUCUGGACGCCAGAUUCGCUACGGUAUUCGCGAGUUUGCCAUGGUGGCGGUGGGUAACGGUCUUGCGGCGUACCAGAAGGGCAUGUUCUUGCCUGUCAUGUCGACCUUCUUCAUGUUCUGGCUGUACGCUGCGCCAGCUGUGCGCAUGGCGGCGCUCCAGAACCUCCGGUUCAUCGGUAUCGCCACCCACGACUCGAUCGGUAUCGGCGAGGACGGCCCCACCCACCAGCCCAUCGCCCUGGCGACCUUUUACCGUGCUCUCCCCGGUAUCAACUUUGUCCGCCCCGCCGACGCCGAGGAGGUCAUUGGCGCGUGGCAGCUCGCGCUGAACGACGAGGUCGAGCCGUCGCUCUUUGCGCUCUCGCGCCAGCCCGUGCCCCUCCUCGAGGGCUCGAGCCGCGACGGUGUCGCGCGUGGCGGCUAUGUCGUGUACGGCUCCGCCAACCCGCAGCUCACCCUCCUCGCCACUGGUGCCGAGGUGUCGCGUGCCAUCGAUGUUGCCAAGCUGCUCGAAUCCCGCCUGGCCGUGCGCGUCGUCUCCCUCCCCGUCCUGGCCCUCUUUGACCGCCAGCCGGCCGAGUACCGCCGCUCCGUCAUCCCAGCGUCCACGUCCCUCGUCGUCGCUAUCGAGGCGUGGGCAUCGUUCGGAUGGGCACGGUACGCGCACGCCGGCUGCCACAUGCACACCUUUGGCGUGUCGGCGCCUCAGGACGUGCUCUUUGAGCACUUUGGCUUUUCGCCCAGCAACCUCGCCGACAAGAUUGGCAGCUAUGUGGACAAGUGGCGCGGCGACAGUGGCAAGCUUGUCCUUCCCGGUGUGGGCGAGUUUGAGGAGCUGCUCGAGGGCUAUGCUCAGCACUAA